UCAUGGCCGCCUAUACCACACGACAAACCAACAGAAGACCCUAUAUUGUUUUUCUUCUUCAUUCUGACCUCUCUCUCUCUCUCUCUCUCUCUCUCUCUAAACCUCUGCUUCUUUUGGCCGAUUGAAGGGCUACCUGCGGAUCUGAUGUCAAUAUAGGCAGUUGCUCUGCAGAGUAAAUGUUGCAUGUUGCUGUUGAUGUUUCACCUUUUGGAGUUGAAUUAAGUCAAACGUGUUUGAUGGGUAAUGAGUGCUCCAAUGGCUAAAGCUUCAGAUCUUUCAUCAACAGAUCGUGUUCAACGUCUUUAUGCUAAAAAUGUUGAGUUGGAGAAUAGACGUCGUAAAGCAGCACAUGCCAGAAUUCCCUCAGACCCCAAUGCAUGGCAACAGAUGCGAGAGAAUUAUGAAGCAAUUGUUCUUGAAGACAAUGCUUUCUCUGAACAGCAUGAAAUAGAGUAUGCUUUGUGGCAGUUGCAUUACAGGAGAAUUGAUGAGUUACGAGGACACCUCAGCGCUGCUCUUGCAUCAGCGGGAUCAACCCCCUCUCAGAAUGGGAAAGGUCCCACACGAACUGGACCUGAUCGAAUCACAAAAAUACGUUCCCAGUUUAAGACAUUUCUUUCGCAGGCAUCUGGCUAUUAUCAUGACAUGAUGUUGAAAAUUAGAGCUAAAUGCGGUCUACCUCUUGGUUAUGAUCAAGAAACUCAGAUUCUGUCUCAAGAUGGAAAUAUAUCCACCGAAAUGAAGAGAGGCUUGAUAUCCUGCCACCGUUGUUUGAUUUAUCUUGGGGAUCUUGCUCGUUACAAAGGGUUAUAUGGGGAGGUAGAGUCCAAGGCUCGAGAUUUUGCAGCAGCGUCAAGCUACUAUAUGCAAGCCUCUUCACUUUGGCCUUCAAAUGGUAACCCUCAUCAUCAGCUUGCUAUAUUGGCUUUAUACUCGGGGGAUGAAUUGGUGGCCAUUUACAGAUACUUUCGAAGUCUAGCAGUUGAUUACCCUUUUUCCACAGCCAGGGAUAAUUUGAUUAUUGCAUUUGAGAAGAACCGUCAGAGUUAUUCCCAGCUCCCUGGAAAUGCCAAAGCAUCUGUUAAGAUAGUCCCUACGCGGAUGACUGCAAAAAGGAGAGGAAAAGGUGACACCAGUGUUCAGAAAGAUAGUAGAGCAGAGGCUAAUCUUGUCAAGGAAAGAGCAUCAAGUGUACCAGUGACUUUUAAAGCUUUCAGCAUUCGUUUUGUCCGUCUAAAUGGCAUUCUUUUCUCAAGGACAAGCUUGGAGACAUUUGAGGAGGUUUACUCUUUUGUAAGAGGUGAUUUGCUGGAUCUUCUUGGUUCUGGUGCAAAUGAGGAGUACACUUUUGGUUCAGAUGCUGCUGAGUGUAGGCUAGUGAUCGUUAGACUGAUAGCAAUUCUCAUUUUCAGUGUUCACAAUGUGAAUAGGGAAACAGAGAAUCAGUCCUAUGCUGAAAUUUUGCAACGUUCGCUAGUGCUUCAGAAUGUAUUUACUGCUAUUUUUGAGUUCAUGGGCCUCAUCCUCGAGAGAUGUGUUCAGUUGAAUGAUCCUUCAACGAGCUAUUUGUUGCCUGGCAUCAUGGUUUUUGUGGAAUGGUUAGCUUGUCGGCAAGAUAUUGCAGGUGGCUCUGAAGUGGAUGAGAAACAAGCUAGUGCUAGGUCAUUGUUUUGGAAUCACUUUGUUUCGUUUUUAAACAAGCUCUUGUCAAGUGGAUUGCCCGCUAUUAAUGAGGAUGGAGAUGAAACAUGCUUUUCCGAUAUGCGUAGAUAUGAUGAAGGUGAAACUGCCAACCGGCUAGCAUUGUUUGAAGACGUUGAAAUGAGAGGAUUCCUCCCUCUUCUUCCUGCCCAACUAAUCCUUGAUUUUUCGAUGAAAUAUCCAUUUGGAAGCGACGGAGGUAAUAAGGAGAAGAGCGCACGUGUUCAGAGGAUCAUAGCGGCUGGAAAGGCUCUUGCUAAUGUGAUUCGUGUUGGGCAACAGACACUUUAUUAUGAUUCCAAGUCGAAGAGAUUUGCUUUAGGUAUUGAGCCACAAAUGUCGGAUGAUUGUUCACUUUUUGGUUCUUGGGAAAUUCCCAGAGAAAAUGGUAUAGGGCAAGAAAUUCAAGCAGAGAGUCAACUAAAUCUUGGACCAAGGUUAUGCAUUGAAAGGGAAGAGGAUGACGAGGAGAUUGUUUUCAAACCGGUUUUGUCUGAGAAGAAUCCCGAUGGAGUUGCUUCAAAAUUUACCUCUUCUCAGGUUUUUGGAUCUAGUGUUAAUAGCUCCAGGGUGGUUGAUUUGGAGAGUCACAUUGGCGGUGUUGUUUCAGUCCCAAUUGAUGGUUUUCUUUUGAAGGAUACUUACAGUACAUGUUCAAGGCAACCUACACCUCUUGCUAACAUUACUCCCCCGUAUUUUCAGCCCAGUGCUUCAACUUGGCUUGGAGAACAGGUUUCUGCAAAUGAACAACUCACCAAAUUGAGCUUAUCGGAAAAUGGGUUUCCUAUGAAACUUGGAUUGCAACAUCAUUUGAUUCCUCAGCAGUCUUUCAAUCUCAAUGACACAAAUACCUAUCCGGAUACUGUACUGCCUAGUAAAUUUGAUUCUAUUAUGACAUUAGGACAAGUUGUGGAUAGCUUGUCAACGAAGCCUUCGCCAAUGAUGCCUGCAGUAAUGAGAAAGAAUCCAGUGAGCAGACCUGUUAGGCAUGCAGGUCCCCCACCUGGAUUCAACUCCAUCCCAACCAAACUUGUGGAUGAGUUCUCCUUGUCUGGUGUAACAUCAAAGAACGAAAAUGCACCAAUGGAUGACUAUAGGUGGCUAGAUGGAUAUCAGUUUACAUCAUCAACAAACCAAGGCAUCGGGAUCAAUAAUGAUUUCAUAAAUCAGUCAGCGGGAAAUGGAUACCACCAGCCUGUAACUCAGAUCAAUAGCUCUUUGGGGAUGGCCGAUCUAAACAAAAAAAAUAGCUCUUUGGGGAUGGUAAGCUUUCCAUUUCCUGGAAAACAAAUGCCAUCAUUUGAAGUCCAGGCAGAAAAACAGAAAGGCUGGAAUGAUUAUCAGUUUUUGGAAAGUCUCAGUCUACAUCAAAAGCAGCAGCAGCAGCUUCAGAAAGGAAAUCAGCAGUCAUUUUUCGCCCUGCCAGAGCAGUAUCAAGGACAGACUUUUUUGGAAGAUGGUUUCUUUGAGUGAGAUGAGUAUGGACGGAUGGAUUUGCUUAUGGGAAAGGGGAAGGAGAUGGAAAAGUUUUAGAAACUUACAUUCGUUGCGUGCAAUUUACUUGCUGGAUGUCCAGUGACCUGGUGCUGCCAGUUCGUUCACCUUUGCAGUGUGCCAAUGUUAGUUUCUGUUGGAGAAGAGUUUUGCAGGCACCUGCUAAUGAACAGCUUGUGCUGAGCUUCCUAGACCGCAUGGGUGGAGAUAAUGAAAUCAGUAGGGAUUGGAAAAUGCGGAUUGAUGAGGGUACGAUUCUUGUCUGGUUGGAUGGUUGGGACGUCUAUAACACGAAUCAAGAUGUCUAAUGGUGGUAUUUGAAAUUGGACGGAUUGAAGUAUGAAGACUACUGAAGUUCUACUAGCUAUCAAUAGUUUGACUGGUAAAAGGUAUCUGCUAGAUGGGGACAUAAUAAAUAGGUUUGUGAUGCCAUGGACGAUGUCACUAUUUUCUGGCCAGUGAGCGCUUGAAGUAGAAAUCUUUGCAGUUUCUGUCGAGUUGCCCGGUUGUUCAGAUAGUGUAGUUUACCUCAAAUUAGCUAUGGGAAGAGUCUGGUGAUCUUGUUUUGGAUUGUGAUGAUUUAGAAAACAAGCAUGUGGUUGCAGACGCAUUUUGCUUUCUGUGUGUCUAAUAAUGCUUGGCUGCUUGCAGCCUUGUGUUUCACGAUUCGGAUAUGUUGUCUAAUAUUUCAAGUUGUGGAGUAUUUUAACUUGAA